UGUGUGAAAGCCAUUGAAGACUUGAAGUGUCAAGUCGAUGCAAUUUUUAGAUUUUUAAACAUUAGAUUUGUUUAGAUUAAUAUUUAUUUAAAAUGGAACACAAUUGGUUUAGAUGUAACGAAUGUAUUUGUGCAAUGAAAAAUAAUAAACAUCCAUUUUCAUUAACACAAUGUGGUCAUUUGUUUUGUGUUAAUUGUAUCAAAAGAGUUGCUAAAAGCUGUCCAAUUUGUCGAACUGAUAAUGUUCAAGCAGUGGUGUUGGAUCAACGUUUUCCACCAAAUUUAUCAUCCCUGUUUGUACCGACUUUGGAUGUCUUUCAUCAAUUGGAAUCCAAUGCAAAAUUUCACACAAUGCAACAUCUUCUUCUAGAUGGUGCUUUUAAAAAACGAGAAGAAAAAUAUAAUCGUGUUAAAAAAUUAACAAUCAGUUUGAGUCAACAGCUGCCAAAAAUUCAUGAUGAAAAUAUUGAAAUGGAAAAAUUUAUUGAUCAACAUUCGAAAAAUUAUUAUCAACAAAUACCAGUUAAUUCUGAAGGAGCUGUUGGUAGUCAUGAUUUUUUACCAAUGCCAAUGGACAUAUCAUUUACUCAGACUGUUAGAAGUUCACCAUCACGAAUUUCUCUGCAAACAAAUGAUUUGUACUUCUCAAAACAAAGCUCUGAUGAAUCAUCUAGGCCCUCCAGAGAUCGUGGAUAUCAUACAGACUCUGAGUUUACAUCUGGUUCGUUGUCACAUCAAGAAUUAUUGACAACACCAUAUAAUUCUGGUGAAUUUAGAGUACCAACAAGCACAAAAGUACUUAAAUCAGCUGCCCAAUCAAUUGGUUAUUCAACCAACUCAAUUUCAGGAAAACGAAAUUCAUUAUUAACACCAAGUUCAAACUCUGGAAAUAUUUAUAAAUUUAGUAAUGAUAGAAGCUAUGCUGGUGGUCGUAAAUUUUUUCGACUUAAUAAUUCAUAUUCUUAAUAAUUAUAAAUUUAAACUACCAAUUAAAAUUAACAAUUAGA